CCGAAAUUCCACCACCCAAACUCCAUUCUUCUCGUUCUCUCUCCUCCCAUCUCCCUCAACUAAUUCAAUCUCAGAAAAAACACCGUCAAUUCAUCAACUCGUCCACAAAAAUGCUAAUCAUUUCUCUCUUCUCACUCUCUCUCCUCUAACGAUUUCUCCAUAACCCACAUUUUCUCCCUCCUCCUUCAACAAUGGCGCUCCCUCAAUUCCUCCAUUAUUCCACCACCACCAUAACCACCCCUAAACCCUCCUUAAACCCCACGCCACCCACUUUCCUCCACCCUUCCCCACUCUCUCUCCUCCACAGCCACCGUAAACACCACCGGAACCUCCGCUGCUCCGCCUCCUCAUCCUCCCCACAACCCCACAACAAUCCUCCUUCCCCUAACCCCACCCCACGAAACGACGUUGUAGAACUCCCCAUCUUCCCCCUCCCUUUAGUCCUCUUCCCUGGCUCAAUCCUCCCAUUACAAAUCUUCGAGUUUCGCUACCGUAUAAUGAUGCAUACCCUCCUCCAGACCGACCUCCGUUUCGGAGUUAUUUUCUCCGAUACCCUCUCCGCCGCUGCAACCUCCGUCGGUUGCGUCGGUGAGGUCGUCAAGCACGAGCGCCUCGCCGACGAUCGCUUCUUCCUAAUCUGCAAGGGUCAGGAACGCUUCCGUAUCAAUAAGAUCGUACGGUCCAAACCUUACCUCGUGGCAGCCGUGGAUUGGCUCGAGGAUAAGCCCUCCUCCGAUGGAUCCCACGAGGAUUUGGAGAGCUUGGCGAAGGAUGUGGAGAGCUACAUGAGGGAUGUGAUUAGGUUGAGCAAUCGGUUGAAUGGGAAGGAAGAGAAAGAGGUUGGGGAUUUACGACGGAAUUUAUUUCCAACGCCGUUUUCGUUCUUUGUAGGGAGCACGUUCGAAGGUGCGCCGCGCGAGCAGCAGGCGUUGCUGGAGCUGGAGGAUACCGCGGCGCGGUUGAGGAGAGAGAAGGAGACUUUGAGGAAUACUUUGAAUUAUUUGAGUGCUGCUUCUGCUGUUAAGGAUGUGUUUCCAUCUUCUUCAACAUAGAAGUAAAAUGUGGGUGGCAAGGUUUGUGAAUAGAUAGGUAACUACUUUUUAUGUUUUUUGGUUUUUGAUUGGAAUGAAUGUAUUGGUAUAAAAAGUUGUAAAUGAAUGUUAUUGAUGCAUAAUUGAAAAGUAUUGUUAUGGGGUA